UCUAAAUUUUGAAGUCUAGGGACAAGGAAUGGCUAUUACGUUCAGAGAUGAAACCAUUGGUUUAGAGAAACCCAGGUGGUUGACUUUGUGGCCAUUUAGUGUCCAGAGGGGUUUAUUCAGUGGCACAAGUGAGUGGAUAUACGUUCACAUUUAUUUUAUUACCAUACUGUAUAAAAUAAUUUGCAACCUGAAUGGCUACCAGGGAAGGGAACGUUAAAAUGUAUUUUGAUGAAUUCUUACAAAGAACAGGUAGAAUAAUGUAGUCAUUGGAAAGAAUAAGAUAACAUGCAUUCUCUAGGAAAGUUUUACAUCUUCUACAUGCUAGAAAUUUUAUUGGACUUUCUUUAGAAUAGUUUCAGUGAGUUUGUCUGUUAAUGAUUUAUAUUUUACUCAAGAAGAGGGUUUCACUAUCUAAUUCUGGUUGUCUUGAAACCCACUAUGUAGAGGUCAGUCUCGAACCCACAGAGACAUAGCUGCCUCUGUUUCCCAAGGGCUGGGAUUUAAAGGCAUGUGUCACUAUGUCCAGCUAAGUUCUAUUUUUCUUAACUGCAUAUUUGAAAUGAUUAUGAGCACUACUUCAUAAUCCCAUUGUAAGAAUAAAAUAAUGCAUUGAAACCCAAUUAGCACAGUUCUUACCUCAUAAUAAAUGCUAUAUGUUAUCUUUAUUAAUUAAAAUGUUUUAUAUUAAUGAUAUUAUUGAGCUUCAAAUUCUUAGAGCUUAUAUAGAAAGGGUCUAGUAAGAAAGUUGAUGUAUGGGCUUUUUAAUUUUAGAAUUGAUACACUAUAAGUAACUUUUAAUUUUGUUAUAAUUUCAUGACACUUCUCAGGUCUAGUAUGUUGGGGUUUUCCAAACCAUUUCCAGAUUUAGUGAUUAGGUAGAAGGGCUCAUAGGACUCAACACAUAUAUUGUCUUAUUUGUAGCUGUAAUUUAUAGUGAAGAUAUGUAAAGCACAGUCAUUAAAGUGAAAAGAUCAUAUAGGAUAAAUCCACAGGAAACAAGGCUCAGUUUUCCAAGAUCUACUCCCAGUAGAAUUGCAGGAUACACAUAAUUUCUUAAGGAAAACAGUUGUGACUACACCAGUGAAGUAUUUGCUACUAGAUACUUAGUGACCAGAAUAGUUACUGGUUUGUGUUGAAAGAUUGUUUUUUUUGCCACUAAUUAGAGAUAGUGGAACCAUCAAGAGGUGAAGCCUAGUGGGAAAUAAUUAGAUCAUUGGGGUCACCACCCUCGAAGGAAUUGUAAGAGUUUAGAUAGUCCUUAAGAGAAGACUGUUAUAAAAAGGCCUGUCCCCUCCUUAGUCUCUCUCAGGUAUCAUGUGCUAUAUCUCUUCUAUUCAUACUACAUAGCAUCUGUAAUAUGGCAAAGCCAAGACUGCUUUCACCAGAACUAAGCCAGGGCGCUGACAUAAAGCCCUUGAACUUCGAGAACUGUGAGCCAAAUAAACCUCUUUAUAAAAUACCUCAGGUAUCUUAUUAAGUAUUGAAAAUCAGACAAAGCAUACAUCAACAUUCUCAGAAUCUAAAAGGAAAACAUGUUUAUUUACCACAACCACUAUAUUUAUAAUAGCUUUGGCACAGUGAUCCAAGCUUAUAAGACAACAAUAAAAAUCCUUCUGAAAUCCACAUUCUAGAUGGUAGCCAAUGGCCAGCCUUGUAAAAUGACCUUUGAAGAGAAAGCUGUACUUAAGCCUGCCAUAUCAACUCUUUGUAUAAUCUGUUUCUCCUGUAUGAUGUCUAUCCUAGAACUGUUGCAUAGAGUAAAUGUGAAGCUGAUACAAUUUCUGAUUCUUACAUUUGACCUUUUUAAAAUGAUUAUUAUGUUUAAGCAUAGGUGGUAGAAAAAAUGAAGCCAGCGGGUACAGACCCAAGGAUCUUGUCUUUAGCUGCUGAAGUAGCGAAAAGUCCUGAACAAAAUGUCCCUGUUAUAUUAUUGAAGUUAAAAGAAAUAAUAAACAACACCCCUUUGGGAAGCUCAGAGUUAAAGAAAGUCAAGCAAGAUAUAUAUUGUUAUGACCUCAUUCAGUACUGUCUAUUGGUCCUCAGUCAAGAUUCUUCUCGAAUCCAGGGUGGUUGGUCUACAAUUUCCCAGCUUACACAGAUACUAAGCCAUUGCUGUGUGGGAUUAGAGCCAGGAGAAGAUGGAGAAGAAUUUUACAAGGAAUUACUUCCAUCAGCUGCCGAAAAUUUUCUUGUCCUGGGAAGACGAUUGCAAACAUGUUUCAUCAAUGCAACUAAGGGUGAAGAGCAAGAUAAAUUACUACAUUUUUUCCAAAUUGUGACUGAUUCUCUCUUCUGGCUAUUGGGAGGUCAUAUUCAACUCAUACAGAAUGUACUGCAGAGUGAUCAUUUCUUGCACCUACUGCAAACUGACAAUAUUCAAAUAGGAGCUACAGUCAUGACUCUGCUUCAGAAUAUACUACAGAUCAACAGUGGUAAUUUACUCAAAAUAGAAGGAAAAGCCCUGCAUUCUAUUUUAGAUGAAAUUCUUUUCAAGCUUUUGUCAACUCCUAGUCCAGUCAUAAGAAGUACUGCUACAAAGCUCCUGCUGGUAUUGGCUGAAUCCCAUCAGGAAAUUUUGAUUUUACUGAGACUAAGUGCCUGCUAUAAAGGACUUAGAAGUCUGCUAAAUAAACAGGAAACUCUUACAGAAUUUAGUCGAGAACUUAGACAGCUCGUUGAUCUUUUAACCCCUAAGAUCCAACAGGAAGUAGAAGAACAGAAACUACAUAAAGCAGCUUGCUUGAUUCAAGCCUAUUGGAAAGGUUUCCAGACCAGAAAAAGAUUAAAGAAGCUUCCGUCUGCUGUGAUUGCCUUGCAGAGGAGUUUCAGAGCUAAACGAACAAAGAUGUUGUUGGAGCUAAAUAGGCAGAAGGAAGAAGAAGACCUCAGAUUAAGAUUGCAACUUCAAAGACAGAGAGCCAUGAGGCUUUCCCGAGAGUCACGCUUGAGUAUGCUUGAAAUAAUUCAUCCAGGUCAAGUGGAGAAAUACAAUAGGGAAAUAGAAGAGAAAUCUGCAUUGACUAUCCAGAAACAUUGGAGAGGGUACAGGGAGAGGAAGAAUUUUCGCCAACAGAGGCCGUCUCUCACAGAGUAUAAAGCAGCUGUCAUACUUCAGAGAGCAGUUCUUAAAUUCCUAGCAAAGUGCCGUAAGAAAAAGAAACUCUUUGCCUCUUGGCAUGGACUCCAAGAACUCACUGAUGCACGCAGAGUUGAACUGAAGCAACAAGUGGAUGACUAUGUCAAAAGACAUCCGGGCUCUCAGAUGUCAGAUGUGGCCAGCAGAGAGCUCCACGCACAAGCACAAGAACGACUUCAACACUAUUUUAUGGGAAGAGCCAUAGAAGAGCGAGCCCAGCAACACAGGGAAGCGUUGAUGGCUCAGAUCAGCACCAAUAUUGAGCAGUUGAUGAAGGCACCAAGUCUGAAGGAGGCGGAAGGAAAGGAGCCUGAGCAGUUCCUGAGUAGAUCUAGGCCUGUGGCAGCCAAAGCCAAGCAGGCUCACCUUACCACCCUGAAGCACAUACAGGCCCCCUGGUGGAAGAAGCUCGGAGAGGAACCAGGGGAUGAGAUGGAUGUUCCAAAGGACGAGCUUAGUAUAGAUUUAGGGACUUUAUUUGUUGGUGGAACCAAGCCUCCCUAGAGAGUUACUGGGAAAGCCGGCAUUCUUACCUUUUAAGAGAUUGUUAGUUUUGCCUCUGGCAUGCAGGAAGACUAGGGCUAUGCCAGUGGCUUUCCAGAGCAUCUUCUUCAUGCAACACUUGGAAGCAAAGAGCAGAGCAUUGCCUACCUCACUCUCAGUUCUUUCCCCGUCUCUACACCCUGUCUGUAGUCACAAACAGAUUUGUGGACUUUUAAUUGUGGGACAGAACUCAAUGUGAAAUUUUGUUAAUUUGAAAUUUCUUUCAUUCUGUUUUCUGACUAAAAGUUGUUUUGUUUUUGUUUUUAAAUAAAUAUUGUUUCUGAAAAA